AUGCCGCCCCAGCGCGACUCCUGGUUCGCGCCCCUUUCCAUCGACCUCCUCGUCAAGGUCCUGAAGACGAGCUUCUUCCACCCCUUUGUAGCCUGGAUUAUCCCGCUCUGCUUCCGGGCUCAGAAUAUGUUCUGGGAUGCGCCACCAAUGCUGGUCUCCAUCGCAUGGGCUUCCAUGAUCACGCUCAGCUGGAUCUUCAUAACCAUCAAUAACCGGAUCGCCUACGGUUUGCCACGUGAAGUAGACCUUAGCGAUGAGGUUAUUGUCAUUACGGGCGGUGCCAGCGGGCUGGGUCUGCUUAUUGCUGAGGUCUAUGGUAUGCGUGGUGCUACUGUGGCCGUGCUCGAUGUCAAGGAGAUGGACAAUGGGGAGGCGAGGGGCGUGACGUACUACAAGUGCGAUGUGUCGGACAAGGCGCAGGUCGCAAAGGUUGCAAAGGAUAUCGAGAGAGAUUCCCAACAGCUCGGAACCCCCACAAUCCUCAUCAACAACGCCGCCAUUGUCCUUGGCAAGCGCUUUCUCGACCUCAGCCUCGACGAAAUCGACCGCUCCCUAACCACCAACCUGCUCUCCCAUUUCUACACCAUUAAGACCUUCCUGCCGCUCAUGGUCUCUUCUGAAAUGGGUGGCACCAUCGUCACCAUCUCCUCCGUCAUCGGCACCGUCGCCGCCGCCCAGCUGUCCGACUACGCGGCCGCCAAGGCUGGCGUCUCGGCUCUGCACCGCUCACUGACGGCCGAGCUGGCCCAGACCCACCCCAACAUGCGCACCGUCCUAGUCACGCCCGGUCAGCUGAGCACGCCGCUGUUCUACGGGGUGCAGACUCCCAACAGCUUCUUUGCGCCCGUGGUGGAGCCGGUGGACGUGGCCAAGGAGGUGAUUGCGGCCAUUGACGGCGGGCUGAGCACCCACAUCGGCAUGCCGCUGUAUGCGAGGUGGAUCGACUGGUAUAAUGUCUUGCCCGUUGGACUGCAGAAGAUUGCGAGGAGGCUGGCGCAGGUUGAUACGUCUAUGAAGACGUUUGUGGGGAGGAAUAUGGGCGCGACGGGUGUUGAUGAUAAGAAGGGACAGUGAACAUGCAAGGAGAGAAUGUAUGAAUAGCAUGAGUGGUAAACGCAUGUGUAAUCGCGCUGGUCGCUUGUAUAAUAAGACGGAGAGGUUCACAAAAAGAUGGCAAGUGUCAAGGCGCAUAUAGAUGGCAUACUUGACAUUUAGAAAUUGUUACGUUAUUGUGC